UACUCCUUUCUAAAAACGUACGCAGCCCCGUCCCCUCACCUGACGCUGGUGAGGACAGGUGGACAGAGGCGGGAGUGUUGUCUGCCGCCCUGCACAGCCAGACGGAACCAACCCAAAGCUGUCGAGGGCGGGGUCAAAGAAAGAACGAGGAAUCUCCUGUUGAGCUACGACAACACAAGAAGUCUCCCCUCUGUAUUUAAGAUGAAUGUGGGCGUGGCUCACAGCGAGGUGAACCCCAACACGAGGGUGAUGAACAGCAGAGGAAUAUGGCUCACCUACCUGCUGCUGACCGUCGUGUUGCACAUCGUCUUGCUCAGCAUUCCUUUCUUCACCGUACCGCUCGUCUGGACUCUUACUAACGUCAUCCACAACCUGGUGAUGUACCUGUUUCUUCACACAGUGAAGGGAACUCCCUUUGAGACACCAGACCAAGGCAAAGCUCGUCUCCUCACACACUGGGAACAGAUGGACUACGGUGUCCAGUUCACAUCUUCGCGCAAAUUCCUCACUAUCUCACCAAUUGUUCUGUAUAUCCUCACCAGUUUCUACACCAAAUAUGAUGCCACGCAUUUCCUCAUCAACACAACCUCCCUUUUUAGCGUCAUCCUCCCAAAGUUGCCUCAGUUUCACGGAGUACGGAUAUUUGGGAUCAACAAAUACUGACGGUACUGACUGAACACUGGAUUUUAACCACCAACAAUGGACUUCUCGCUCUCUGGUUGAGGGGAAGGGAACCAGUUGGAUGUGUCUUAACUGUACAGACUGUGUGGAGUAAUAUGUGAUUGAAGUUGCAGUUUGAGCUGCGUCUUGCAGCCUGAAAAAAAAAAGUAAAAGCACUGCUGCUGUUAUGAAAGUAAUUAUUUUCUUUACUGACAUUCCUGAUGUAUGUUCGACACUAUGGCUUCAAGAAAGCGAAAAUUUGAACCGCUUUCGAUUGUGACGUUUAUUCAUCACUCGUCUGUCUCAGAUGAUUUCUGUUACAAACUGCACGUCUGUAAAACUGUCAGGUUGUUGCCAUAAAUGUGAAUGGAUUCAUUGUGGCCGUGUGGUUUAUGUUCUGAAUGACACUUGCAAGUUUCUGUUUUCUUUCAUGCCUUAUCAUGAUUUCUAUGCAGCAUGCAUUUACACGCCAUCACGCACAUGAUCAUGUAAUUGACUUUUUUCGAAAGCUGUACGUUUUUUCACGCUUAUAAAAAUGAGCAGCAAGAGCUA